AUGACCGGUUACGGGGCGUUGGCCACGAUGAUGGCGAGCCAUCAGAACACCGAAGCGUUCAGAAGAUUUUCCAGUUUGAACAUGGAGAACAUCCUCCACAUGCAAGCCGAACUUCAACACCUGGAAAUGGUGAUCAGCGAGGUGAGGCAAAUCCCGGAGCUGAAUAGCUUCGACCAACUCUGGAUCGAAUCCCCAGAACAGCUAUCCGAGGAGGGCAUACGUCAAAUCUUUGAGCGGUCAAGGACACUGCUGGACCAGUAUCAUCGAACACUAUUGCAAACAGCAAAGAUCAAUGCGCUGCAGAAUCCCAACAAGGAUAACUUGAAGCUACGCAGACAGUGGUAUGACGAGGAGAGCGGGGGCAAUCAAUUCUUGUACGGAGUUGAAGCGGGCAUAUUCUGUGACGAGAGUAUCGAAGCCGACUUGCUGACGCUGAAGGAAAACCUCGGAAGCAAGGACUCAUUGGCGAACUUCCUCAGUGAAAAAGUGCUGCCGUCGUAUCAUCGCGUGCUGGGCCAUCGGCUUCACCGGUCAAUGGCGGAAAAGGCAUUCGACCGGACCUGGGAGUACAGACCAGAGAGAUUGGUGCAAGUGGGCAAUACGAUUUGCAUGCUGCUGUCGGCGGUUAUUCCGCCGCUGUCAAUUCUGGUCUUGUUCAGUGUCAAGAGCAUGGGGGGCCGGCUGGUGGCAAUUAGCAUGAUGAGUCUGGUGUUUUCAUUGGUGAUGAAUGUCAUUGCUCAGAGACGGGCUGACGUGUUUAUGUCUACAACAGCGUUUGCGGCCGUUCUCGUUGUCUUUGUGGGAAGUGCAAAUGUGAUGGAUGGCUGA